CUGUUACCCACCUCUCCGCGCGUCGAGGAGCGGCAAUGUUCUGUGGGCUUCGGCCUCACGGCCCUUUGCCUUCUGCUUUGGUGCUGUGGCCCGCUUUCUUCUAGUUCCCUUUUUCAGAACGAAGCGGGAAAUCUUUCUUCACCUCUGCCAGCACUAAUGUCCACCUCUAAUCUUUUUUAGCCCUCUCAACUUCGUGGUAAUGGUAUUAAGGAUAACAGUUACCUAAAAUUUUUUUAACGCAGACUACGUUGCGAGCACAGCACCAGGGCUGGCGACACAGCGAUGGGCAUGACUAGACCUUGGGGCUCAAUUCGGGCUGGUCAGAGGGCUAGAAAACUGUAAGAUUGGCUUUUGUCCUAAACCAUUUGUGGCUAUGGACUUGCCAGAUGAAAGCCAGUGGGAUGAGACUACCUGUGACCAGGCUGUUUGUCAGCAUCCACAAUGCUGGGCCACUAUCCGCCGGAUUGAGAGGGGCCACCCUCGAAUUCUGGACUCCUCCUGCAGAACUUCUCUGGAUGCUGAAGACAGACUCCCAAUGCUCAGCAUUGUCAACAUCGCAGAUUCCUGCUUCCAGGGCAAGAGACUUGCUCGGAGUCAUUUAUCGGGGUUUACCUUCACCAAGGCUCACACUUUGUCACAGUGUUCAAAGUUUGACUCCAGAUUUCAAGGCAGGCCUUGGAAGGAUUUACGUGACAGAGACUUAAUAAACCGUACCAAUAGAUCUCCCAAAGUAAGUCAGAGAUUAAAAAAGCUAUCAGUGCUAAAUUUGAAUGAGACACAACUUCCUUGUCCUCGAGAUGUAGGAAAUAUGGAUGUAAUCUGGAUCCCAGAGAAGCAUAUGAGUCCAGCUGAGAAGAAGCAUAUUAUUUGCAGCCAGGAUGGGAAGAUGAAAAGAAAGAAAUCUACAGGGAAGCACAAGUCAUCUCGGGUCAACACAGAAACCCAGUUGGGACCUCCAGGGAUGAUUGUGCCUCCUCCCUCCCCAGUACACUUGUUUGAGCAGCUAAGUUCAGAAUCCUUACCUUUAUGGAACCAGUAUGACAUGUUACCCCAGGGUCUGCUGAAGGACCUCUUGCUGGAUAAAGGGAAAAAUAUACCUUAUCCAGAGAUACAGACACAAUUGGCCAUGAUGAAAAAGAAACCUCCCCUGGAAAAGAGCCAACCCGACAGUGCCAUUUCUGCUAAGAUGUAUUUAUCUGUACACCGCCUCACCCUGCAAACACCAGCAUUGAGAUAUCCUGAACAUUUGAAGAAGCUAUAUUAUAACCUCACAACAGAAGGUUACAGGAAGCAGCAGUGGCAGCAACAGAGGAAGGUGAAGACGGCUCCUAGGAAACAGGAGGCUAAAAAGAAAUCCAAGAGUGAACCAGGGAGCCACAACACUUCACGUAAAGGUUCAGGUGCCAUGGUUUAUGACCCACACUGUGGUCACAGGACUCCACCAGGUCAAGAAAGUGACAAAAAGCAGCAGCAGCAGAUGAAGAUAGAAAGUCCCACCUUGAAACAGGAUUCCACAGAGAGACCACAGAUGGACUGCACUAAGAAAAACCUGGAUUCCUUCCCCAGUAGGAAGAGUCCUGAAUUAUCCACAAUAGAACGCACUAACAUGAACAUCAGGACUCAGAUGCAGAUUUUGCUGGGAGCCCAAGAGAGGACCCCGAAGAGUGCUCUUAGAACAAGCUGGAACCCUGAGCUCAAACUGCUGAGGAGUCUACAGGCCACUGAUGAAGACGACGAGGAGAACCAACCCUCUGGGGCACAGAGCGAAGAGUCUCUGGAGGCAUAG